CAAGCUUCAGGCAAGGGCUUCCAAACUUGUCAACUCUGUGACACAAGCUGCACACAACCCAGAGGAUAAAAUAGCCACUUAGCCCACACGAGAGCUAAAUCUUGUUGAGUGCGGUUGGAGGUUAGAGCGGAGGAAUGGAUACUGUCACCAUUCAGCUGUGGGCAACCCUCUCUCUGUUGGUGCACCUUGCAGCUUGCAGUCCCAUCAUGAGCCUGGAGCAGUCUUCCCUGGAGGAAGAUGUGCCCUUCUUUGACGAGCUCCUUUCGGAGCAGGACGGCGUUGAUUUCAGCACGCUGCUUCAGAACAUGAAAAACGAGUUCCUGAAGACAUUGAAUCUCUCUGAUAUUCCCCUGCAUGAAACGGCUAAGGUGGAGCCCCCAGAAUACAUGAUAGAGCUGUACAACAGGUUUGCCACUGAUAGGACCUCAAUGCCAUCUGCAAAUAUUGUUAGAAGCUUCCAAAAUGAAGAUCUGACUUCCCACCCUAUUGGUGUCACAGGAAUCCGGAAAUACCCUCUUCUCUUCAACGUCUCCAUCCCUCACCAUGAAGAGAUCACGAUGGCAGAGCUGAGACUCUACACACUGGUGGAGCGGGACAGAAUACUCUAUGAUGGGCUGGAUAGGAAAGUCACCAUUUUUGAAGUACUGGAGAACAACCAUGCGGGGAGAGAAGGAGAGGAGAGAAAAAUGGUGGCACUUGCAUCCAGGCAGAUCUACGGCACCAACAGUGAGUGGGAGACCUUUGAUAUCACAGAUGCCAUGAGGCACUGGCGUAGGUCAGAGUUGACCACUCACAGGCUGGAAGUGCAGAUAGAGAGCGGAGAAGGGGAGGAGCCAAACGGAGAGGGGAAACUCGAUAUUGACAUCAAUUCCGAGGCCAAGCAUGUGCCUCUGAUGAUUGUGUUCUCAGAUGACCUGAGCAAUGACAAAAAGGAGGAGAAGCAGGAACUGGACGAAAUGAUAGACCAUGAGCAGCUGCUGGAUUUGGAGAACCUGGGCAUGGGCAACUUCCACAACGGGCCAGGUGAAGAGGCGCUGCUCCAGAUGCGCUCCAACAUCAUUUAUGACUCCACUGCCCGGAUCCGGAGGAACGCCAAGGGCAACUACUGCAAAAGGACUCCACUCUAUAUCGAUUUCAAGGAGAUUGGCUGGGAUUCCUGGAUCAUCGCACCGACGGGAUAUGAAGCCUACGAGUGCCGGGGAGUGUGCUCCUACCCUUUAACUGAACACGUCACGCCAACUAAACACGCCAUUGUCCAGACUUUGGUUCACCUGAAGAAUCCUCAGAAAACUUCCAAAGCCUGCUGUGUGCCUACCAAGCUUGAUCCCAUCUCCAUCCUCUACUUAGACGCAGGGGUGGUUACUUACAAGUUCAAAUAUGAGGGGAUGGCAGUUUCAGAGUGUGGCUGCCGAUAGUAGAAAGGAAUGCAUGCCCCAUGCGUGCACCAGGGGAGUAUUUAAUAAUUCAGUCUGUAAAUUUGUACAUUUUGCAUUUCCUAUUUAAUAAGGUUAUUUAAUGAGGCGUGUACAGAUAAUUGUAUGUUUCAUGUCUUAGGGAACGGGCAGGUCAUAUGAUUGUACGGAAUGUAUAUUUUGUUCCAGUGCUUGCUUCUUCUUGCUGUUUCGCUUCUUAUGAGAGAAGCUUCCUUCAUAAACAAAAUAAAGAAGGAAAACCAGA